AUGAUUCUAUUCUGUUUUCUUUAUCUUUCAACUUCUCUUAAGAAGUUGUCUGCAAUUAACGUUACAACGAGGCAUUAUUCAGGCAGCAUUUCCAAUUUCACAGAUUUAUUUACAGCAAUGCGAGAAGCAUACGAAGAAGAAAAUCUUACAAAAGCUGGAUUUUUAAUAGCUAAAAACUCAUCUACUAUUUUUUCUGCUGAGCCAAAUCCUUCCACUCGCGAAAAUAUUGAUUGCAUUUUCUUGGAUCCCUAUAAAUAUGCUUAUGAUAGAUUUCUUACUGCACUUAAUGAUCCAGUUAUGGAAAUUACAUGGGAUUUUCUAUCUUCAAAGGUUUUUCUUGAAAGUUACACAAUUACUUAUUCCAGACUUCCAAGAUUUAUGAAUCAUUAUCAGCUUUUUGGUGAGGCAUCUCCAGGAAAUUGGAUAAUCCUUGAUGAUCGUACAACGAAAGAUGAUGAGAUAAUAGAACUAGGAAAAAUAGGAAAUGUUGAUAAAAAUUGGGCCAUACAUUAUGAUUUACCAACACAAAAACGAAAUUACUCUAAAUUUAAACUCAAAAAUAUUGAUGGUAACAAGAAUUACGGAGAUAAAUAUUUAGUUCUUUCCAAAAUGUUAUUCUUUGGUACAUUAUAUCCAGGAAAAAUGCUCUACACAGAACAAAAGGUCAAGAGAAAAGAACAAAUGUUAUUUAAUUUUGCUAUGUUUUCUAAUUUUGCGUAA